ACCACAAGCUGCAGCAGUGCAAACAGAAAUAGAGUGAGUACACAAGUUCUGACAUAUAGCACACGCUUGACUCAUGAUAAGAUCAGUAACCUGCAUUAUUUCUCAUUUGAUUGUUAUUAAUAUUAAAAGAACAAAGUUGUUUCUGUUGAGGAGUAUGCUCAAAGGCCCCCGGCCUGACUGUUUUCUGUGAGAUGGAACUGUUCAGGACGACAAUACUUCUGCCAGUUCUGGUCCUCUCUCAAGCCUUUCUAAAUAAAGACCACUCUGUUCCGGGGAACUUCUCUGGGUCGAGAGAGACUGAUGAGCAGCAGACAUCCAAUCUAACCAUAUCUCACCCCCUCAGGCUAUCUCAGCACUGCUCUGGGGUUGUCGAGGUGCUCCAUCGAGGGCUGUGGAGGCCAGUGACCUUUGACCUUGGGUCUGCAGAGUGGGCCAAAGUGGUGGAGGACAUAUGUACCAACCUGAGCUGCGGGGCAGUGUACGAGCGCCGACAGAAUGGCACAGCUACAUUAAACUACUCCAGCUCAACGUGUCUGAGCCAGUGUGUCUACAGAGACCUACUGGUGGAGAACUGUACAGAGCUCUCAUACACAGACUGCUCUAACCUGACUGAGAUAACCUGUGGGCACCAGGCCGUGCGAUUGGUUGGAGGCUCACACCACUGUGAAGGACGGGUGGAGUUGUGGAGAGAGGAAAAAUGGGGAACGGUGUGUGACGAUAAUUGGGACCUGAGAGAUGGGGGCGUGGUCUGUGCUCAAUUGGGCUGUGGCCCUGCCCUAAAUGUGAGUGGGCAGGACGGGUCCUUUGAAGCGGGUGUUGGUCUGGUUCUCUUAGAUGAGGUGAACUGUGGGGGGAGCGAGAGGAACCUAUGGGAGUGUCCAUCCCUGGGGACAGUCAACGACUGUGGACACAAAGAGGACGCUGCAGUGGUUUGUUCAGGAAUUCCAUCUCAACCAGGCAACGAGACGGCAGAACAGUACACCCAGACUUCAACCACAGCAGGCUCAGUUCUACUAGUCACCAGUGCAGAGAGCCGGUCCUCUCCUCCCGUAGCUGCUGUCUGGGGCUGCAUCGCAUUGUCUAUAGCCCUCCUCCUAACACUCCUCUCCAAUGCUUCACUCUUCCUGUCUUACAGGAGGAGAGCUGCACUUCUGGUUCACCAAAGACAAGAUGGCCGUCUGCUGUCCAUCCAGUCUCAACACACUGACCGAGGGGAGAGAGUCAACCUCCUCACAGUCACCACAGACACAGCUGAUUACACUCCACAGUACCUUUCCCAACAACCCACUCAGAAUGACACCGAUGCCUCAUGUGACUCUGACUAUGAAAACUAUGACUUCAAUGACCAACCCUCUGUUGCCAUGGCUACUGCACUUGUCAGGGUCCUUGACAAUGGAGUAAGCACAAGCAGAGAGCCAUGUGAAACCACGCAGACAGCAGAGACUUCUGACAAUCCUGAGAAAUAUAAUAUUGUUGCUGAGACAAUCAACGGCAUUGAGAGAAAAAACCCUGCCACCCAAAGUCUGCAUUCGCUGGUGUCAUCCAGCACGUCUUCUGGGGAAUGCUAUGAGAACAUUGAGACACUGGAGAAGGAGCUGCUGGACUCAGAUUUGAGAGAAACUGCCCUCACAGACUUGAUCUGUGGAAGAGAGCCAUCCAUGGGAUCAAGUAGCAGUACAUCAUCAGGGGAAUCCUACUACAACGUGGGGAUGGCAGUGGAACAGCAUCUACAGUCAGAGAACACCUAUACACAUUCCCCUGUGCAAUCAGCCAGUGCACACCAGGAUCAGCAACAGCCUGUGAACAGCAACUGCCACCUACUGAGCAGUCAAAAUCAAGAAGAUUCAAGCAGCUCAUCUUCCUCUGAGCUUUAUGAGAACAUUGAAGUCCAAGAUGAAGAGGGGAUUGGUGAUGUUACCGUGAAGGAAGUCCCGGACCAGUCUCUUUCUGACAGUGACUACGAUGACAUAACAAAUUACUAG